CACUCUUUCCAAGUCGUAAGGUGGUAUAUUGACGCAUAUAUAAGUUGGUGUAAAAAUGUUUCUGACGAACGUGAACUUACGAUGGAGACAUGUGAUUCGUAAACCCGAUAAAUGGUGGCGUGUGCAAAGGUUAAAAGAACAAGCAAAACAUUAUUUCCACAGAAGCAUGAGGAACCGAUAUGGUUUGGCUUCCACACAAAUCCGCAGAAGUUUAAUGUUUCAAACCAAGGCAAGAGUCUUGAUGCCAUAUGUUCGAAAUAAGUUGAGAGAUGACAGAUUGAACGCAGCGUGUGAAGAACACAACGCAAGAGCCAUAGAAACAAAAAUUGCGUUACGAACGGCGAAAGUUGCACUCAACAAACACAUGUUGACUAUACUAGCAAUAUACGAACCGAGGACGUUUAAAAGUCUUAUCGAACUGGCGCAACGGACAAGAAUUGAACAAUUCAAUUCAAGUCACAUGCAGUUACCUGAUAGAUGUUUCACAAAAGAAAUCUAAACAUUGUAAUACUAAAACUGCAACAACUAAAAUAUGUUGUGUAUCUUUCUAUGUAAACAAUUUUGCUGCUAAGUUUGGAAUAAUUCAGUUUUUAAAUUGCUAUUGAAUAAUUCCUUUUU